AUGUUGAAGAGGCUGGUUAGCCUACGAGACCCGAGUGACUCACCACCCACCAGAACUGUGCUGCACCUUACUUCCCUGGUGUCGGUUGUGCUCCUGCCCAGGUUCCUGAUCCAGAGAAGCUCUGGCAUCCCGUAUUACUGUGAGGAACUGCUGCGCUCCCUGCGUUGCAACAACAUGCUCUUGUUGCACACCGGGAGGCCGAAGGAAGGAGAGGACAGCUGGCAGAGCCUGAUUGCCAAGGCAUCACCCGCUGUCACAGCUGCCUCAAGCCCGGGUACCGGGACUGACGGAGAAAGGAUGUGUGCCAUCAGACCAGACGUGAGCCUGGAGACCUCCAUGCUGCCGUUUGCCUUGAAAGAGAUUGCGCUGGCUGAGCUGGACCGGAUGGAUCUACAGAAGCAGAUGGUUCUGAAGUUUGCAGCCAUCAUAGGGCCGGUGUUUACAACCCAGCAGCUGGUUCACAUCCUUCCCAUCUCUGUAAAUCAGUGGAUUAAUCCACUGCUGGACAUGCUGGUGAAGGACAACAUCCUGAAGCGGCUGGAGAACACAGAGGAGCCGGAAGACGUGCAAGGUGCUCCAGAGGGGCCGGCCACCUCCGGGCAGGCAGGAAGCGUGGUGGAGAGGCCCUCCGUGAACACGGGGUCCAGAAAACAACAGUCUGACGUCCUGGCCUUCUGCGCCCCACUGCUGUGGGAGGCGACGUACGAGCUGUGGCCCACGAGGGAGAGGGUGAACAUUCACCGCCAGUGUGCCGCCUUCCUGGAGAAGCAUGCGCACAAAUGCCAGAGGUGCCACGGAGGGGACUUUGUGGCCUUCCACCGCUUCGGCGUCUCCAGCCCCCAGAAGCAGGGGAGCUGCCAGGGCUCUGCUGAUGAGGAUGACUGCUGCAGCUGGGAGGCCUUGGUAGUUGCUGGAGAACACCUGAGGAGGGCCAGGACCCACCCUGCAGAGGGCGAGAUUCUGGCAGAGGGCGAGCAGACAACUCUGCGGGCCGAGGACGGUGGCGAGUGCUCCUGCCAGUGCGAAGCCAUCGCCGAAGCAGUGCUUGUGCCCCUGGCUCGCCACUACAGGGCAAUGGGCAGCACUUCCCAAGCCCUCUAUUAUGUGCUGGAGUGUGCGGCUGCCUACCUGCACGUCUCCAACAGCUACAUGGCCCUCAUGAAGCUGAGCGAAGCAGAGGCUCUGAGGAGCUCCGUCAAAAAGGAAAGAAAUGCCAUCGACCGCUUUGAGGAGGCCAUCUUCUUCAGCCUCAAAGGAGAGGUCUGCAGUAACGUGGGAUGUGUGAAGCUGGCCAAGGAAAUGAGCAGGCAGGCGCUGAGACUGCUGGAAAAGCGGUUCCCGCGAACCCGUGCCGGGGCCUUUGUCAAGUCUCUGUGGGAAGGGUUGAAGCGUGCUCCUCAGGCCACAGGCAGAGCGUCCUUCCUUCCCCAGGAGGCUCGGAGGAAGAAGCAAGCCUGGCUGGUUCAGCGGAGCAGAUGCCUCACCUUGCUCGAGGACCUCUACAGCCAGGAGGGCACAUCUGGCGGACAGAGGUUCUCCCGCCUGGCAGCGCUCAUGAAGGCCAACACGGACAGCAAGAUGCACUCCUAUCAGGCAGCAGACUCACACAUUGGACAAGCCUUGAAUUAA